GUAAUGAUGCAUCAUCUUGAUUUUUCCAACGGCCAUCGACACGCUGACGGUGCGCUUGGAAUGUCGGGUGGAUCGGCAGGAGCGACCAUGCUGCACGAAUCCUUCUCUAGCCUUGUUGGCAACGUACCGUCGGCAAUGGAUUUGAACGGUGCGGACUUUCUGCAUCAUUACAGUCCGGCGGCGGUCGACUAUUGGAGUCCAGUGUCCUACAAAAACGGCACCAAUCCUAUGAAAGCGAUGGAAGCUUGUCUGCAGAACGCCAACAAAGGUCAAUACAAUCCGUUGGAACAGGUUGAGCAGCUCAGCAUCAACUGUGACAGCGAAUCACAAGGCUCACCGUUGCAGCAGGGAGGCGUCCACAGUCUUCAGCAGACUGGUCACAACGGCAACCACCUCGAACAUCAUCACCUCAACCAUAAUAACAACAACAACAACAACAGCCUUAGUAGUAACAAAAAUCUUCACGAGCCGCGCACCCAUGGCAAAGCACAUCGAACCACAAAUUCGCGCCAAAAGUCACGAGCAGGACGGCGCGGUGGUUCUGGCUCGCAAGAUUCUUCUCCCAAGGCGAGUGCAGACACACGCCUCGGUAUGGAAGAAGAUCAGGGUGAUUCGAGCAGAACGGAUGAGGACGAGGAAGAGGUUGGUGGCAGUGACGAAGACACAGGUGGUAGUGGUGUUAGUGGUGGUGGUGGUGGGAGAGGUGAUGGUGAGGGUGAAGUGGAUAGAAGAGAAUCCAUCAUACAAAAUGGCAGCAGACAGCAGCAGCAGCAGCAGCAGCACCACCAACAAUCCUCCAAGCAGCUGGGAGCGCCCACAACGGCCACUUUCGCAAGCAAAAAGUCUCCCGACGUGGAUAAACCUUAUCACUCGUCGCUGGCAUCGGUGGUGGUCGUACUGGAGGGCAAACACUUGUGGGACAAAUUUCACGAACAGGGCACCGAGAUGAUAGUCACCAAAGCCGGUCGCCGAAUGUUUCCCACCUUUCAGGUGAAGGUGGUGGGGCUAGAGCUGGCUGCGGAGUACCUCAUGAUUAUGGACUUUGUGCCGCUCGACGAUAAGCGCUAUCGAUACGCGUUCCACACCUCAAGCUGGGUCGUGGCCGGAAAGGCGGAUCCUAUCUCACCGCCGCGCAUCAGCGUCCAUCCGGACUCCCCAGCGACCGGUGCCACCUGGAUGAAGCAAACGAUUUCCUUCGACAAGCUGAAGCUCACCAACAAUCAGCUCGACGACAAUGGCCAUAUCAUUCUCAACUCGAUGCAUCGCUACCAGCCCCGGCUGCACGUUUGCUACUUUACGCGGAACGGCGUCAAGGACGAGAAGGACACGCUAACCCAUCGCACGUUCGUCUUUCCGGAAACGUCAUUCACGGCCGUCACCGCCUACCAAAACCAGCGGGUAACGCAGCUUAAGAUCGUCAGCAACCCCUUCGCCAAGGGCUUCCGAGACAACGAAACGAACGAAGAGUCCCAGGAACGAUCAGCACCGACUAUAAGCGAUCGGUUGAAAAACGAACGCAACUCCAGCUAUAAGAAAGAUAGCGAAAUGGCGACAAUUUCAACGGGCACCUCGUCCUCCUCACCGCGGAUAACUUCCUCCUCCGGUAGCACACCUUCCACCACAACACCCUCCGUCCUAGCGCUACAUCAAUCCGCACACCAUCAACCCACACUGCACCAUCUCCAGCAUCAUCUGCAGCAUCUUCACCAACCGCCCGGCGUCAAUCCCGUCGAAGGCGCUACAGCGACAACCGACGCCCAUCAUCAUCACCAUCAACAUCAGGCCCAUCUACAGCAGCAUCAGCAGCAGCAGCAACAACAACACCAGCACCUCCACAACGGAACUGCCGGUGGAUUGACCUCCCUCGUACCGGGACACCAUUCGCCACUAAACUCGCCCGCAUCUUCGUCCGGCGGAGGGUCAUCCCUUUCCCCGUACGGUCUAUCGCCGCACGGUACGGGUUCGGGCGGUACACCAACGACAAGCUCUUCCAUCGGUUCCGGUGGCAAUAUGCUUACCCAACCGUACGCUUCGGAUGCGAGUGGAUUCGGACCGAUCUACCACCAUCACCAUCAUCACCACCAUCACAACCCGUUGGCAGGUGGACCAACGCCAUACAUGGGCCAUCCAUCGUUCGUGGACAAGUACAAACUAUCCGCCACACCACCACCUCCCCCACCGCCACCACCAAACACACUGACGCCACCUGGAACGACGUAUGCAGGCCAUUAUCAGGGUUUCUACACCGGCGCAAGUCAUCCGGGUGCCGGUAUGCUUUCCGGUGGACAUCACACAAUGGCACACGGUGCAAGGACUACCGUUGCUUCGAUCGCUUGCCGGGACCGGACCGAUCAUGGUUGGUAUCCUUAA